AAGCCACCAUUCGGCCAAGCAAGUUUUCAAAGUAGACGCGUAAAAAUAUUGUUUGGAACAGCAAAUAUUAUUUUCUUGCACGUUCUGACACAAUGAAAAUACAAAGGUGUUUUGGUAAUCAUUGUUAUAAUCCUUUCGCAAAGGAUCGUCACAGCUCUUCCAGUGGUUUAAGAACGAUAUCAGCAAAUUUGAAGAACAAAUAUGCCAAUAUUCCACGCGAGGCAAAGCUAUGUGCAUCAUGCAGAAAGGAAAUGUCAUCACUUUCUUCGAUGUCCCCUUUGCAGGAAUAUGAAUCAAUGGCAGUUAAUAAUGAUUCUGAAUUAUUCAUAAUUGGCGACGAAAGCGAAAAUGCAGUCGAUAUUGAUGAUUCUACAGAAGAUGAGCUUUAUCUGCCUCCAUCUUCACAAAAAUCGCAAAAUGCUGAGGAAAUUAAUAACAUACCUAGGGUUACCAGACAAACAUUUCACUAAAUGUAAACAAACAAAUACACAACAAUUUCCAUGGCAAUGCAAUAGUGUUGCCACUUGUUAGCUUAUUUAAAUAAAAGUGAUCUAACGAAAUUGAAAUUACAUUUAAAUAGCAAUAUAAAAUUAAACUUAAGUGCCAUUAAGAAAAUUGUCCCCUAGAAAAUUAGCAUUGC